CGCCGGGACUCCCCGGUUUUCUUCGCCAGUUACUCUCAAGGGGCAAAGGAACGCUUUGAAGGCGUUACUGUUGGGUGGGGUUUGGAAAAAGAAGGCUUUGCUUUUCUGUUUCUAGUAUAUAGGAAAAAGGACUGUGUUUUUUUUAUGUUUAUCAUGUGGAAACUCCGUCAUUGCCAAGGUUUGGUCCUGUCGCCGUCAUAUGCCAGCUCUCGAUAUAGUAGCCGGACUGCUGGGUCUGCUACUAAUUCUUUUAAAGCCAAGGUCGUCCAGUUUUUCAACCAGCAUUUCCACGACCUUGAAGACAUUCUAGCAUACAGCAGCAUAGCAAGGAAUUGGAAGGUUAAGGUGAAAAAUAGGAGCUACAAUAAAACCCGUGAGCGAUAUGGAAAGGAGGUUGCAGCCGCUACCUUUGUCCUGAAUCUGAAUGGAAGGGUUAGGUGCCGAGGCCAAAAAAGAUGGAUUCAUGGGAGGCUCAAGGACUUGGACAUUUGCUUGGAAGGAAUAGAUGUCAGUGGAUCCAUCAUCAACUUUGACGGUCUGGAGAACCUGGCUUCCUUGAAAUUCCUGCGAUACCUGGAUCUCAGCCGAUGCCCCAGCAUUGACGACUGGUGUUUGAGCCGGCUGGGUACCUUAGCGGGCUCUCUGGAGGAACUUUCUCUUGCUGGCUGCCACCAAGUCACCGAGAAGGGCCUUGCUUGUCUCUGCCACCUCCAAAACCUGAAGCGCUUGGACGUUUCCGACCUGCCUCGCGUUCCCUACAAAGGGCUGGUGUGUAUCCUGUUGGAGGAGAUGCUGCCGCAGUGUGAGAUUGUCGGAAUGGACAUGACGGCGUGGGAUGAGAUCAACCAGGACCCUGACGCCGAAACACACCAAGAUGUGGAGGCUCACAUGGCCAGCAGGAGCUGGAGGCCCACUUGAGAGGCCGGGGCAGCGUUUCAGAGACCGUUCCUUCCUCUCUCGUCCCCUUUUACCGCUAGAUAUCCCAGGAACAGGCGAGAGUGUGGCCAUUCUCAAAUAUCCAAGGAUCUCUGUCCAUUCACCUUCUGUGCUGGACAGUCUCAUAAUAAAUGGGGCAUCCCUAUUCAAGCACAGUA